GUGAAAGCAUCUUCAUUAAAUUGCAUGCGAAUUGCUAGCCGCCCUCCGCCUUAAAUGCAGCGACUGCCGUGAAGAGGUGUGCUUGCGCGGGAGAGGUGAUACCUGGCGCAAGGGAAUAAGAGUGUCAUUUCUGAGUGAGAGACAACCGAAGAGAAAGGGGAAGGAGAUGGAAGAGGAGAACCCAGAAGAACCUGGAACUGGCCAGAGAUGGAGGAAAGGUCCUCAUCCCCUCCGAGCAGGGAGUGGUGUUGAAUUUUGGGAAAGAGCUGUGCUAGAGGUCGUGGCUCAAGACACUGUGACCGCUGAUGAACGUAGCCAAUGCUUCCGCCAGUUCCGUUAUCAUGAGGCCAGUGGGCCCCGAGAGGUUUGCAGCUGGCUCCAUGGACUUUGCAACCAGUGGCUGAAGCCGGAGAGGCACACCAAGAAGCAGAUCCUGGACCUGGUGAUCCUGGAGCAGUUCCUGGCCAUCCUUCCUCAGGAAAUGCAACCCUGGGUCAGAGGAUGUGGGCCAGAGACCAGUUCCCAGGCGCUGGCCCUGGCCGAAGGUUUCCUCCUGAGUCAGGCAGAGGAGAAGAGGCAGUCAGAACAGAUGCGGGGACAAACCGUGAAGACAGAGGUGAAGCUCUCUGAGGCAGGAGGAGCUCCAUCGGAGGAAAGUCAGGCGGUUCAGACCCAGGAACGUGCCCACGAUGCCCUGUCGAGUGGCAUUGAAGAGAAGUUGCCAAACCCUCGUCUUUGCCAAGGAGUGGAAACGGCUGCUUCACUUCUGGUCCAGUCUCCCUUUUCCUUUGAGGAGGUGGCCGUGUCUUUCACGGAGGCCGAGUGGGCCCUGCUAGAUCCAGGCCAAAGAGCUCUCCACUGGGAAGUCAUGCUGGAGAACUAUGGGAGCGUGACCUCCCUAGCAGCAGAUAUAGAGGACACAGCUGGGGAAUUCCAGGGGUUCUCUUUGGGAAAAGUCAAGAAUGAAGAUGCGGAAGGACAAUUCAGAGAUGAACCACAGAGGCAGGAGGGAAGCCGCACAGCAGGGGAUGAUCAGAGAAUUGGGGAGGAUGAGGAACUGCAUCCUCAGUUGGUGGAUGAAGCCAAGAAGGAAGACCUGAGAGCAAACUUCAGAAAUCAAGUUGGAUCCAAGAGGCAGAAAAGAAGCCACAUGGUCAAAAAGAGGGGUAAACCCAUUCCUUGCCAAGGCGGGGAUUUCCGUGAAGUAAUUCACAUGGUGAAAGAAACAUACGAGUGCUUGGCGUGUGAAGUGAACUUCUCAGAUCAAUCCCAGUAUAAUGCCCACUCACAAAUCCACAAUGGAAAGAAAACCCAUCAGUGCCUGGAUUGUGGAAAGACCAUGAUACGCAGAGCAGAGCUCCUUAGGCAUCAAAGAACACAUACAGGAGAGAAACCUUAUGUCUCCUCAGACUGUGGCAUGAGAUUCUCAGAGAAAUCCAACUGCUUUUGGUGCGGAAAGUACUUCAGAUGCAGCUCACAGCGUCUUCGGCACCAAAGUAUCCACAGAGGGGCGAAGCCUUUUGAAUGCUCACAGUGUGGGAAGAGAUUCAGUCAGAAUGGUGCUCUUCAACAACAUCUAAGAACCCACACAGGGGAGAAGCCUUUUGAAUGCUCAGAGUGUGGAAAGAGGUUCAGUCAGAGAGGCAACCUUCAACUACACCUAAGAACCCACACAGGGGAGAAACCUUUUGAAUGUUCGGAAUGUGGAAAGAGAUUCACUCACAGUGGCCAUUUUCAAAAUCAUCUAAGAACCCACACAGGAGAGAAACCUUUUGAAUGUUCAGUCUGUGGAAAGGGAUUCAGUCAGAGUUGCCAUCUUCAAAUUCAUCUAAGAAUCCACACAGGUGAGAAGCCUUUUGAAUGUUCAGAGUGUGGAAAGAAAUACAGUGACAGAAGUACUCUUCAAAAUCAUCUAAGAACCCACACCGGGGAGAAGCCGUUUGAAUGCUCAGAGUGUAGGAAGAGAUUCACUGAUGGAAGCACUCUUCAAAAUCAUCUAAGAACACACACAGGGGAGAAGCCUUUUGAAUGUUCAGUGUGUGGGAAGGGAUUCCGUCAGAAUAGCCAUCUUCAGAUUCAUGUAAGAACCCACACAGGGGAGAAGCCUUUUGAAUGUUCAGUGUGUGAAAAAAGAUUCAAUACGAGUGGUAGUCUUCAACUGCAUCAAAGAAUUCACACAGGGGAGAAGCCGUUUGAAUGCUCAGAGUGUGGAAAGAAAUUUAGUAGGAGUGGCCAUCUUCAAUUGCACCAAAGAACCCAUACAGGGGAAAAACCUUUUGAAUGCUCAGAGUGUCGAAAAAAAUUCAGUACAAGUGGUAAUCUUCAGCUGCAUCAAAGAACCCACACAGGGGAGAAGCCGUUUGAAUGCUUAGAAUGUGGGAAGAAAUUUAGUAGGAGUGGCCAUCUUCAUCUGCACCAAAGAACCCACACAGGGGAGAAGCCAUUUGAAUGCUCAGAGUGUGGAAAGAAAUUCAUUACCAAUCUUAGUCUUCAACUGCAUCAAAGAACCCACACAGGGGAGAAGCCGUUUGAAUGCUUAGAGUGUGGAAAGAAAUUCAGUAGGAGUGGCCAUCUUCAACUGCACCAAAGAACCCACACAAGGGAGAAGCCUUUUGAAUGCUCUGUGUGUGAAAAGAAAUUUAGUGCGAGUGGUAGCCUUCAGCUGCAUCAAAGAAUCCACACAGGGGAGAAGCCGUUUGAAUGCUCAGAGUGUGGAAAGAAAUUUAGUAGAAGUGACCACCUUCAACUGCACCAAAGAACCCACACUGGGGAGAAACCUUUUGAAUGUUCACAGUGUGGAAAGAAAUUCAGGCUGAGCGGCCACCUUCAAAAUCAUCUAAGAAUCCACACAAAAAGAAACCACAACCACCUAACUGUUUAGCCCAGAGGUGUCAAGUGCAUUUGUUACGAGGGCUGGAGCUGACAUAAAAGUCACUUUGUCAAACCAGGCCAUAUGUGCCAUAAAAUGUAAUACCAGGUACCAGAGAUAUAAACUUCAGAAAGGACACAGGCAAACGCAAUUAACAAUAUUAUUAUUUUUACUCAAAAUACAAACAUGCUUAAAAAUA